AAAUUUCCUAUUUCACUCAGAAAACCCGAUCUCUACUUCGAAAUACUAGCACUUGCACCUAUUUAAACUCAUAGUGAGCCCAUGAAGUUUUCACACAGAAGCCAAAGUUUUGUAAACAUACACAAAAAGAAACUAAAAUGGUCGAAGAGCUUCCUCCUGUAGGGUUUCGCUUCUAUCCGACGGAAGUGGAGCUGAUUUCGUUCUACUUAAGAAUCCAGCUUGACGGAGGACAUGCUACCAUUUACAGCCUCAUACCCAUCCUGGAUGUGUUUAACGUUGAGCCUACUCAGCUUCCAAAUCUUGCGGGAGAGAGGUGGCAAGGAGACAGAGAACAAUGGCUUUUCUUCGUGCCAAGACAAGAGAGAGAAGCUAGAGGAGGUAGACCGAGCAGGACCACUAAUUCAGGAUACUGGAAAGCAACUGGUUCACCGGGGCCUGUGUUCUCACCGGAUAAUCGAGUGAUCGGAGUUAAGAAGACGAUGGUUUUUUACAUGGGGAAAGCACCUAAGGGGAGAAAGACAAAGUGGAAGAUGAAUGAAUAUAAAGCAAUAGACGAAACAGCCAGCGUAUCUACCAUCCCGAAGUUGAGGCACGAAUUCAGUGUCUGUCGAAUCUACUUAAAAUCUGGAAGCUCGAGAGCUUUUGAUAGACGUCCAACGGAAGGUUCUGGGACAGAGACAAAGCUUCCUAGCAAUGGAAUUGAGACAUCAUCUCACAACGCAAGACCAAUUUCAAUAGAAACUACACAAAGCAACUCAGAGAUGAUUGCUGGGAUAUCAAAACUCCUAGAGAGAAAGCUUCCUAACAAUAGAGCUGAGAGAUCAUCAUGUGCCACAAUAUCAACCUCAUCGGAAACUUCAUAUUCAGGGGGUGAAGACCAAGUUCAGUUACCCGUGAAUGUUACUACUACGCAAAGAAUUUCAGAUAUGAUUGAUGGGCUAUCACAACCAUUUUGGGAAUGGGAACAACUAAAUUGGUCAUAAACCUGUUAAAUUGCCUCUUUACUAUUAUUCUCUGAUCUCAUUUUUUUUAAUUGACAUAAUUUCUAAAGUUUUCAUA